AAGAAAAAAAAAAAAGGACAGCAGACACAAUGAAGGCCUCCACCAUCCUCUCCGUCUCCAUCUCCUCCGUGGUCAUUCUCUCCACCACAGCAGCGGCAGUAGCAGCACCCCUCCAAGACACCAGUCUCCUCGACAAAGCUUUCCGCGAACUCAACGCCGACACCUGCGGUCAGAUCUGUGACGGCCAAUUUCCCUGCAAGGGGAAUUGCAACAAGUGUAUCAACUUUACCUGCCGUCAUCUUUGAGCAGCAUUCAACCUACCCAGGCCAAGGGCACGCGUUGAUCGGAUUCAGUCGAUGACGGCUCUGGAAUCAACGCUCCUCCUCUGUCUAUUACUCUUCGUGCGGUCCAUUGCGUGGGCGGAGUGGAUGAUGGGCGGCGACGGAGAUGACGAGUGGAGAGAGGUAGUCGCCCAGGCUUUGGCGGAUUGAUCAGAUCAUUGUCUGAGUCUAGUCUCCUUCUGAUGGUUCAACCUCG